AUGGCCAUCAUUCGGAGCGUCUUUUAUGCUUUUUACGCAAUCAUAUUCGCCAUCGGACUGCCAAGCAAUAUGGUAAUUUUGGCGGUUUACGCUGCAAAGAGGAAAAAGAACGGAACAGAUGUAUUCAUCAUGGGCCUGUCUAUCACCGAUUUACUCUCCUCGAUGAUAAGCCUGCUUAAAUUCAAGGUAUGGGUCGCCAGUGACAUCUUCUGCAAAAUCAAAUGGUUUAUUGACGGAUGGUUUAUAGGUCAUCAGUGGAUGAUGACAGUAAUUAUUAGCAUUGAUCGUUACUUAGCGGUGUGUUUUCCCGUUCACCGUCGGCCGAAGGUCCGUCAAGCGAUCAUCAUUGUCGCCAUCGCUUAUCUGUUUACGUUUACGGUGAUGACACCAUGUCUUCCGGCGAUACACUACCUUGAACUCAUCAAAGACUGCAUGUACAGGUCAGACCUCGAAUGGUUCAAUAAGUUUGAUAAUUACUUUACACAAGGGUUCACCAUUAGUAUUAUCUGCACGUCAUCCUUAUUCUAUUACCGGACCAUUUUUGCCCUUCGUCGCCUGUCAAAGGUUCACGCAAGACUUGUUGGCAAUCCAUCUAGCACAUUGGCACUUCCAAGUGCCUCUAAGAAUUCUUCGCACCUUAACCAAACCCAUAUCAACAACUCUGUAGAGACCACAUCAUGUAAACGGAUACCUGGUCAGGAUUCGGAUGUCAAUGUUUGGCUUGGCAAGCCCAACCACCAAACAGAUCAACCAACUGUCUACCCCGUUCCGGGAAGCUCUUUAUCUUUGAACGUCCCACCAAAAGAAGCAUCUCUGCUUGCAACUACAAACGAGUCCUCUACAAGUCAAGGAUCACAAUGCAAUCUGGAAACCGUCUCUGGCAAACAUAUUGAUGUGCCUGGUCCUACCACUUCGACAGCAUCGGUGGUCCUCAACGCUCCAUCAUCACAGAUGGCAAUAGACCGUGGUGAUCAAAAUGACAAAAAAGACAGCCGUCUGUCAGAAAAGAAAUUGACGGCAACACUCGGUGUCAUUACCAGUAUCCAGCUCAUUAGUAUGAUACCGAUAGUCAUCGGUAGAUAUAUACCCAUUGAAACACGGCAAGCAUUCAUGAGCAGAUCUAACGCACAUCAUACCAUUUAUGCCAUCAUGUUUCGCCUUUGUGAAGUCAACUCGUUCAUCAACGUAUUUGUUUAUUGGCGAUUGAAUAAGGUUUUCCGUCGGGAUUGUCAAGUUUUAUUCGGACGUAUCUGGCAGUUAGUCUUCAAAAAGAAGUAG